ACCUUCCCUACUUGCGCAUCCAUCUUCCUGCGCUUCCCUAGGGGAUGCUGCAGACGGCUUUGCAGGCGGCUUCCCCUUCGGAAGGGCAGUCCUCCGAGCAGUGAGGGUAGGGGGAAGACGGGGGUGUCCCCCGCAUUCCCCGGGCAUCCCCUAAGGGUAAUUUCCAAGAGCGGAUCGGCUCCGCGCUGCCUCCCGCCCCGCCCGGCGCCGCGGGCCGAGCCAGGCCGAGCCGGGCCGGGCCGAGCUGGGCAUGGCUCCGCUGGUGCUGUACCACUGGACGCAGUCCUUCUCCUCGCAGAAGGUGCGGCUGGCAAUCGCCGAGAAGGCUCUGAAGUGCGAGGAGCACGAUGUGAACCUGCCGCUGAGCGAGCACAACGAGCCGUGGUUCAUGCGCUUGAGCUCCUCUGGAGAAGUACCCGUCCUGAUCCAUGGGGAAAACAUCAUUUGUGAGGCAACGCAGAUCAUUGAUUACCUUGAAGCGACGUUUGUCGAUGAGGAAGUACCAAGAUUAAUGCCAGAAGAGGGGAGCAUGUAUUAUCCAAGGGUGCAACACUACAGAGAGCUUUUAGACUCCUUGCCUAUGGAUGCCUACACACAUGGCUGCAUCCUGCACCCCGAGUUAACAGUGGACUCCAUGAUUCCAGCCUAUGCUACCAGCAGAAUCCGUAGCCAAAUAAGUAACACAGAAUCAGAACUGAAGAAACUUGCAGAAGAAAAUCCAGACCUUCAAGAUGCCUAUAUAGCAAAACAGAAGCGCCUUAAGUCUAAACUGCUGGAUCAUGACAAUAUCAAAUACCUAAAGAAAAUACUAGAUGAACUGGAAAAAGUUUUGGAUCAGGUUGAGACUGAAUUGCAGCGGCGAAAUGAGGAAACACCAGAAGAUGGAAAUCAGCCUUGGCUCUGUGGUGAUUUCUUCAGCCUGGCAGACGUGUCACUUGCUGUCACAUUACAUCGCCUGAAGUUUCUGGGAUUAGCAAGAAGAAAUUGGGGAAAUGGAAAGAGGCCCAACUUGGAAGCUUAUUACGAGCGUGUCGUGAAGAGAAAAGCAUUUCACAAAGUUUUGGGACACGUCAACAAUAUAUUAAUCUCGGCUGUCCUGCCAACAGCGUUCCGUGUGGCCAAGAAAAGGGCUCCCAGGGUCCUUGGAACCACCCUGCUGGUCAGCAUGCUGGCAGGGCUGGGUUAUCUUGCUUUCCUAUGUCUUCGGAAGAGAUUUCCCAACGUGCUGCUAUCGAUUAGAACCAGGCAAAAUUAUUUUUAGACCUUGUCUGUCCCUGGUGGUGAGUGGAGGGCAUCUCUACGCCUCAGGAAAAUAUCUUCAAUAAAAUAUAAAUGUAGACGAAGGAUUAUGUCUGUGAAUUAGAACAUUGUCACAGAGUAAUCGUCUCCUGUUGCUGUAUAAUUGGGUUGGCAAUGCUGAGAUAUUUUUCAAAAAUAUCUGUUGGGGGGAUGACAAAGGAAAGAAGAGACUUUCUUUUCAGCCAAGGGCCUUUAACUGUGACAGUGCUUUAUUAAAGUGGUUUAUUGUCUCCUUUACCCGGUAGCUGACCUAAUUAAAAUGCUUUAUUUAAUAGAUAUGCAGCAACGUGACAGCUUUUCACUGUAGAUGAAAUGCAUUAUUGUGCAGAAACUAGCAUUGUUAAAAUGCUGAAAAUAGCUCUUACUUUAAAUGCUCAGAGUAAGAUUUAAUUGGAACAUUGUGCCUGUUGUGCACAGGAAAAAGUUUCUCUAUACUGAUUAUUCUCUUGAUUUGCAGUUGGACCUUUAGGAAUGUGUUAAAAAGUAAUCUUGUGAAGCCACUUUUGUCAGUGUAUGUUCAUGCAGCAGUGCAGGACAAGACCUGAAACAACUAAGAACAUCAGUGAUUUGUGUACCACACAAGUGAAAUUCUCCAGAGUCAUCACUGGAAAACAGAUACUAGAAUUUUACUGAAAUCCAAAUGGGAGAAAAACACUUGAUACUUGCCAUUCAAAAACCUUUUGGGCUCAGCUGCAAACUCUGGCAGAAUCAAAUAAAACUAUUUUGGUGCACAUUUGCUGCUUUCACUGGAGUGGCUUAAUACAGUUGCCUCCAUAUGAGUGUCCUGGGUACCCUUUUGAGUUUCACUCUGAGCACUGCCUAUUUUUUGCACACUUCUUGGCAACAUUAGCAAUUGCACGUAUCUCUAUCAUAUGCUUGCUCACAACGUGCCACACCCAACUAGAAAACACAUGGAGAGCAAUGCCUUUUUGUAUGAGUAAUUAAAAAUAGUUCACUAUCAGUCUGGUCAGGUAGCCUGGAUUGAAGGUAAGGCUGUAAUUUAGCAAUCUGUUUACUUAUGGAUAGGAGUCUUGUUGAUGGUAAGUGAAAAACACAGUAAGUUUGGAAAUGGUUUGUACUGCUGAUUUUUUGCAAAACUGCACUCUCAUAGCAUGGAGAAAAGGUGUAGAAAAGCAUUUGAAUUACUUCCUACUACUCAACAGAUGCUGUGAAUUUUAUUAGUUUUGAACUGAGCUCCCAUUUCAAGAAGAAAUGUACAUUUACCUGAAAGUAGACCUUGAAUCAUUUUGCAGCAAAAAAAGCAUUUGGGAACGGCUGAAAAUUCUCAUGACAGUUUAGUAAGACUUUUGUAUGGUUGAUGAAUGUUUGGAAGCCUCAGAGUUUUGUUUACAAGUUGUACAUAGCUGCAACAAACAAAGCAUAGCUUUAAGUGUUUGCCUAUCAACAAUCAGUGCUAACAGGCCUAAGUGCAUUUUAGGUCAAGUGCUGGUGGCUGUGGUCUCUCUGCACAAUUGUAUGGAGGUAUCAAGAAGAUCAUCUCAAGUUUUCUAGAGAGAACUGAGGCAGUUUUUGUCUGGGCAGCUUAUUAUUUAAUCUUGUGCUAGUUGUCCAGCAAAAGUAGACCUAAAUCUCAUUACUCCUUUUCAGUAAUAAGAAACAUCUUACCUAGGAAACAAUGUGCUUUUUUAUUUGUCAAAAAGACAGUUUUAUAUAAUGCUAUUUCAUGAUCCAGUGGUUCUCAAGAACUUGUUGAAUUAAAUGUGCUCUAUUUAGAGAAGCUUUAUUAUCUCUAGAAUGGGUUUAAUCCAACAGUACUUUUAAUGUACUGGCAGCUUUAACUGAGUUUGUGUAUUGCAGUUCAUCUGCAUUUACUUGUAGCUAUCAAAUUCCACUAAGUUAAUAAACACAGAGUAAGACCUGUAACUUAAUGCUUCCCUGGCAUGUAGUUCUGUCAGACCACCUGUAAAAUGUAAUUUGAUCAAGUCACAGUAAAAUUAAAUAAAUAUGACUUAGCCUUCUUUAAAGUGAAGUGACCACCAGAUGUCAGUGGUCCUCCAGGACUCUGCUCUGGUGUGCCUCUGAAGCAGGAAAACAUUACUUUUCACAGAGAAAAAGUUUGUGAUCUCAAGAUAAGAGGGUUGUGAGCACCCUGAUCACACCAGCUGUCUCUCCAGAGCUCUGGUACUAACUGCAUGGUUCUACCACAGGUUUGUUCUCUGACACCUGCCACUUAUGCUUGUGUAGUUUCUAUACUGGGUAAAUGAGAGGCCAAAGUUGAAAUGAUGUUUCACAUGAGAAUGAAUGUUACUGAGCAGCGAUUAAACCUGCCAUCUUCAAGAAUGAGUGUAGAUAAAACUUUUACUGUGGAAAAGUUUGUAUCCCUGAUUUGGUCCAUGUCUGUUAGUUUAACUCUUUGAUUUGGUAUCCUACUUAUUUUCACUGCCCUGGAGUACUCUGUACAUUGAUUUCUGUACAGGUGGCAGCAAAAGGCUUAUCCAUGAUUAAAUUCCUCAAAAUAGGAUGAGAUUUAGAAGCACAUAUGCUGCAUUUGGCUCUUUGUGUAGGAUAGCUGUUGUGCUUGUAAAGUUUCUUUUCAACUUGGCUUAUUUUCUUUCUGAUAACUCUGUACACUAUUUCAAUUGGGUACAGAAGCAAUCUUCUAGUUUUCAUUUACUAUUUGCUCUCAUAUCAUGCAUCAGAUAUAUUUCAUUUGUUUAUGUGGGACUCGCACAAUAAACAUCAAUUCUAAGACCAAUUUCUAGUCUGGUUUAUAUUCUCUGUGUCAGUAAAACAAAGCACAUUUGAGGAUUACACAGUGUUGCUUGAUGCUAUUCAAGGAGAGAAGCCCUUGAACACCUUUUAAACCAGUUUAAAGGUUGCCUUGUAUAUGGAGACAGCAGUAACAAUGAUGUUUUCUUAGGUUAUCUGUCCGAGCUGUAUGUGUAUGAGGUCCAACAGAAGCCAUUUGAGAAAGUAAAAAAAAGUAAAAAAUAAGGAGGGCAAACAGGUUUUGUACUUUCAAUUAAUCCAUUAAAAAAAUAAAAAUCCAACCCCACUUCA